GUGGGUGAGAACGAGCGGCGCUUGUUCAGCGUUCCUAGCAAUGAAGCGGCUGUCCUGCUAGGAGCUGACGCGGAGACUUUGAAUUAGCUUUAGCAGAAGAGAAAUGGAGGAGCCGUAGACUAUUAAGGAUGAAUUCAGGAAGGCCUGAGACCAUGGAAAACUUGCCUGCACUGUAUACUAUUUUUCAAGGAGAGGUUGCUAUGGUGACAGACUAUGGAGCUUUUAUCAAAAUCCCAGGCUGUCGGAAGCAAGGUCUGGUCCAUCGAACUCACAUGUCAUCCUGUCGAGUGGACAAGCCUUCUGAGAUAGUAGAUGUUGGAGACAAAGUUUGGGUGAAGCUUAUUGGCCGAGAGAUGAAAAAUGAUAGAAUAAAAGUGUCCCUCUCCAUGAAAGUUGUCAACCAAGGAACUGGGAAAGACCUCGAUCCCAACAACGUUAUCAUUGAGCAAGAAGAGAGGCGCAGGCGGUCCUUCCAGGAUUACACUGGGCAGAAGAUCACCCUUGAGGCCGUCCUGAACACAACUUGCAAGAAGUGUGGCUGCAAAGGCCACUUUGCAAAGGACUGUUUCAUGCAGCCAGGUGGGACCAAGUAUUCUCUGAUCCCUGAAGAGGAAGAGGAAAAAGAGGAGGCAAAGGCAGAAGGACUUGAGAAGUCUGAUCCCACAAAGAAUUCCUCCAGGAAGAGAAAGAAGGAAAAGAAGAAAAAGAAGCAUAGAGACAGGAAGUCAUCUGACUGUGACAGCUCUGACUCUGAGAGUGACUCAGGCAAGAAGGCGAGGCACUCAUCAAAAGACAGCAAGGCUGCCAAGAAGAGGAAGAAGAAGAAGAAGCAUAGGAAGAAGCACAAGGAGUGAGUGCGGAACAGGCUGCAGCAGCCCUGGCUCCUGCAAAGAUGCACUAGUGACAAUGUGGCCUCCUACCCCACUGACUUGUCCCCAUGUUCUCAGAUGGCUCUUCCUCAUGCAGCAGAUUGGGCCCAGAGGACAGCUCCCAACAUGUUUCCCUUGCUGCUCCUGACCCCUUGGCAAGCGACCCUGCAGCCAUUGCAUUCACGCACUCAGUGUCUUCCUUCAGCAGAAACUUAGAACCUAGAGUCCCACCCCAGCUGCCAUUGCCAGAGCUGGAUUCCUCUGCAGGAGUCCAUGUUAGAGCCACAGGUGCUGCUGUGGAUGGGAACCUGGCUGUGGCGGGGGAGCAGCCCCGACCUGCCUGCUCUCUGGCAGCUGUGGUGGAUUCUGUGGUCUCCAUUCCCUCAGCCAGGGCCUGUACUCCAAGUGAGAACAGUGUUUGCAGUGACUACUGAACCAGAGAUGUGCAGCCAAGGUCAUUGUUCUGCUUCCUGUCUCUCACUGUGUGAGUGACUGGUUCCAUUUCUGGCCUCUGCUUAUAUUCCUGACAUAAAUGGAAAUGUGUUUGGUUUUAAACUUU